AGGACACAUACCAGGCUACAACAUACAACGAUCGACAAGGAGUGAACAAGAAACAGGGCUUAAAUACACAAGGACAGGAUAAUACAAAUGAUAAACAGGUGUGAACAAUGACACAAAAUGGCAGUGAUGACGGCAGGUGGAUUGUGGGAAAUGUAGUUCGUACAAAGACAAGUGAAACCAGGGCAGACAACAAGGGAAUCGUGACACUACGCCACCUGGAUUGAGGUGAGUAACCGUGCCACCAUGAGGACCUACCAAGUAGUGGGAAUUUGGCAUUCCAAAUUGGGGAGAAAUAGGGGAUACAUUUUGUUUUUUAAAUGAUGACAUUUAUUUUAUCAUAAAGAGUAAAGUCUUUGUUGACCUGUAAAAAUAAAGGCGCAACAUUUUACUUCAAACAAUUUGAUGCGGGGUGUUAUUUCUCAUGAAGUGUGAGAAGCUUCCCCUGUUGCUCUCGUGUUGUGGUUUGUGGUGAUGCAGUAGCACUUCAUUCUGCCCCAGAUAGUGCAUACAGAUUAAACCCUGUCAACUUUCUGUAGCUUAGAUGACUCACAACCUGGUAGCUGUUAAUGCUCACUCUGGCUUUAUGGUUGUUUGAUUCAAACUGUCCAUGGCAUCUACCUGAACACUACACAUGAUGGAGAAGAGAGUGGUUUUGUUGCUGCUUGUUGUUUCUGUCAGUCUAACUGAAGCAGCAGGAUGCAAAUCGACAACUAGUCCACAGUGUUACAAAAAUUCAACUGGAAAAGAAGAGGACUUUAGUUGUACAUGGGUGGAAAGUAACCUUGAGCAGAAUCCUACAUACACGCUUAAUAUAUGGGACAAAGAACGGAAAAGUUUUAUUAUGCGUGUGAACACUGGAAGGGAGGCACAGAAAUACCUUCUUUUGGAGGAACUAGGAACUAUCUCUAGAAAGAUGGAUGUAUGGGUACAGCGCCAAGUGGGCAACCACACCUGUAAUUCUAACAAAACCUUAGUGGUCUUUGAGUGCUUAGUCAAAUACAGUGCGCCUCGGAUUAUCAGUAUGAGAAGGUCAGCUGGAAUACUGAAUCUCACACUGGACAAACCAAAGGGUAACAAAGGUGCUAUUUACGAGAUCAAAUGGAGGGUGAGAGACUCUGAAUGGCAGACUGAGACGUUUGUAACAAAGGACAGCACUAUCCAAGAUUUCUACAGACUACAGCUACAGAACCAGACUGUUUACCAGGUCCAACUAAGGCGGCAGGCCAGAUUGCUGUUACAUCCAUGCAAUGACUCACUACUCACUCUGUGGAGUGAUUGGAGCCCCAUGGUGGAUGUUCCCCUAGAAAUCCGCCUCCUACCUGGAAUACGCUGGGUAGAACAACAGAGAAAUGGAAGCAGGGAUGUUAAUCUCACAUGGGAUGCCCCACCUGCUGAAGAGUCUAUUGGGGGGGUGACUUACAAUCUGACCCUCUCAAUCUGGCCUUGUAAAAUCCCCAAGAAAGUUGAACUCAUAACUGUGAAUCGAAGCAUUCAAACCUCAGUAACAAUGUCUGAGGCCAGGGUGUCCAUCAUCGCAAUCAACAAAGUUGGAAGCUCACCACCACACCUGAUCAUCAUUCCUGCUGUGAAACAUUUGAAUGGAUGCCUUAAGCCUCAAAGAAAAAAUAUAACUUAUUCCAGCAAAACCUGUUUAGAAUGGUACAAGCUGGAAGACGGAGAGACCCGACCAACAACAGUAAAAAACACUCGCCAUAAAUUGUUCAAGGACAUUGAAAAAAGUAGAGAGGUGAAGAAGUUUGUGCGUCAUUAUUACUUCAUUCAUACGAUGACCAAGAAACACUUCCAAACUCAAGUCAUGUGUCCUUUUUACUCAGAAGAGGGAGUACCUACUAAAGGUCCGGAGAAUGUGAGUUUUUCCAAUGUGACACAUGAGUCAGCUGUGGUGCAUUGGGUUUCCAUUCCUGUGGUGCAGCAGCAAGGAUUUCUACAACAAUAUAUGAUUUGGAUAUCUGAACAGGGAAACACAAAACACCAUCAAGUGCUGGCAAAUGAAACAAGCUUCUUGAUCAAGAACCUCCACCCAGGGACCUCGUACACUGUUUCCAUUGCUGGAAGAACAAAAGCUGGUGCAGGGCCGAACUCUACUGUAAACUUUGAAACACAAAGUUCAAAAGACAUGGUCUUAUCAUGGCAGGACCAGACCAUCCUGAGUGUCUGUGUGGUUGCCCUCUUGUGUACAAUAAUCUGCUCUAUAGCUGCCAGAAGAUUUAGGUAUAAGUUGUUUCCUGUGGUACCCAGCCCAAUGAUUGCUACAACAGAAUUCAACUGUCCUCGUGAUCAGGACCUGAGCAAUGUCACAGAAGUGGUGCAUAACGUCAUUCUCCUGCAGGUUCAAGAUCUCAAAGCCAGACAGAAUGUGCCCCCUGAAAAGAGCAUUUUACUGCAAGAAUUUGGACUUGUUGUCUUUGAGGAAGAGGGCGAGGAGGAUGAGGAGGAAAGAGUGAUUGAACUAGGCUCCAUGAAAUCCUGUUGCUAUCCAAAUCCUAGUUACAGAGGACAGAUGCUACAGCUACCAGAGCCUAUCCACAUGACAGAUAACACUUAUAAGGACAAUGACACUGAGUCCACUUACAGAAAUGGUCUUUUCUUUGAAUCAAGAGUCCUGGAAUGUGACCAAACAUCACUAUAGUCAUUUUAGGGCCUGCCAGGCUUAUCUUGAGCAUGAAAAGUUCAGACUAAUAAACAACCAUAAAUAAACCUCCUCUAUCUGCUACAAAUAUUUUCUUUUCAACCAGGUGCUGUCUGUUAAGGUCUGUGUGUAACAUGUACAUUUCAUCUAAAUUUUGUUUUCAUAUUUUUUUGUACCUGAUCCGUAAUACUGGAAAUAACCCAGUUCUGAGAACAGUGUAAGAUUCUCGGAAGUUACUGAGGUUGCAAGUGCCUCCACACUUUAAAGCUUUGUUGUGGUCAAAGUGACGUAUUUUUGAUUUUCAUUCUGUCUGUAAAUGAAGCGUACUACUUUAAAGUGUAACUAAACACCUGCUCAGAGUCUGACUCCACCCACUACAAAUAUUUGAAUAUGCUGGAAAAGUGGGCAGACCCCGGCGGGGAUAGAGGGAACGAACCGAGUGCGGGGGGGGGCACCUGAGACUCGUAGAGACGGAUUAAUUGACAGCUGCUGUCAGACUCUAUGUUAUUAUUAUUCCUCAAACGGUCGCAAGACGACAUGUACAUGAAUCUGGCGUGGUGAGCUGGAACCUGCUUACGUCACCUGUCACCGCUUACGUCACGAAGUACCGCAAACAGCCAAUAGGAAAAUUCAACUGCAGUAGCCACCGUUCAACCUGAAGAGGGCAGCACUCAGACGUUUUUACGCCAUAUAUUGUAGAAUUAAAACACUUUAUACACAAAUGUCAAAAAAAUUACUUGAAUCAAUGACCAGUACUAAUAAAGCCCCAUGCUUACAGAUCAUUAACUAAAAAAAAGUUGGUUUAGGGUUUAGUUACCC